AUGACUGUCAGCAACCUUGGAGGUCUCUACACUGAUCAGGGAAAACUAAAGGAGGCAGAGACGAUGUAUCAACGAGCAUUGACAGGCUACGAGAAGGCACUAGGGCCAGGCCACUCCUCUACCCUGGUGAUUGUCAACAACCUUGGAAAUCUCUACAGAGAUCAGGGAAAACCAAAGGAGGCAGAGACGAUGUAUCAACGAGCAUUGGCAGGCUUUGAGAAAGCGUGCGAUCCAAACGAUUACCAGACCAAAAAGGUUGCAGAGGCGUUAAAAAGAUUAAUAAGAAGCGUAACAGUAAAUCACAAUUGGAAGAAGCAAUAUUUUAUUCUACGCGCAUUGUUACGUCCACCGCUCCAUCGGGCUCUUGGUAUUUUUACCUGGUAUGGUUCUUAA